AUGAGACCCUCGCCAUUGUCGGGUUUCAUAACCCUGCUGUUGCCAUCCCUGGCGGCAUGUCUCCCGUCUGCCACGCUUGACACAAGACAGUCUGGGUCAUCAUGGUUUUUGCCAAACCUGGACCAUACUUCUGGCCCUGUACGAGGUUAUGUCCCGAAUUUGGUUAAUGGUGCUGGGCAGCCCAAUUACACCUACCCGGUUUAUAAGAGUGUCAACUCUGGCGACUCACAGGGUCUCAUCAAUGCACUCUAUUCAGAUGGACCUAGUGGUGCACAGCGAGAUAACUGUUGGCUUGCUGGUCAACCUCGUGUCAUUUACCUAGCACCUGGAACCUAUACUCUCUCUUCUACGCUGUUUUUGGACACAGAUACCGUUAUAAUUGGUGAUGCUUCGAAUCCACCUACGAUCAAGGCGUCCUCUGGGUUCAAUGGCAACUAUCUCAUUGUCGGCGGACAGGGGGAUGGUGGCGAUCACCCAUGUGGUGGCUCUGGCGGAGAGACGCAUUUCUCCGUUAUGAUCAAAAACGUCAUCCUGGACACUACGGCGAACGCUGGGAGCGGAGGCUUCACGGCCUUGAGCUGGGCUAUUGCUCAAAACUGCGCUUUGGUAAAUGUGCAGAUCAACAUGCCUCAGGGCGCUCAUACAGGUCUUGUCAUGGGUGGAGGAUCGACUAUUUCAGUAUCAGAUGUCCAUUUCAACUUUGGUAAUGUUGGUUUGCACUGGAGCGGCCAUCAACAAGGCCAGGUCAAAGGCAUGACAUUCAAUAAAUGCACAACGGGUAUCUUGAUCGAUAGCGGCUUCACAAUCAGCAUCUUUGCGCCAGUAUGCAACACUGUUGGCAACUGUAUUGUCCUCAACUCGGGCAACCCUUGGAUCGCUGUCAUCGACGGACAGAGCAUCAACUCGGGUGAUUUCUUCACCAGUCGAGUCGGCUUCCCGAACUUUAUGCUCGAGAACAUCUCCAAGGACACCACCAACUCCAACAUGGUCACAGUCGGCGGUACCGUCAAGGUUGGCGGCGUCACAAGCCUUGGUACUUACAUCUAUGGAAACACUCGCGGCGCCAACCCCAUCUACCAGAGUAACCCAUCAUCAAAGCCAGUCUCACGACCAGCAGCCCUUGCUCCAGGCGGCAAGUACCCCGUUAUCAAUGCGCCCCAGUAUGCAGGAAAGACUGUGUCGGAUGUGAUCAACCUGAAGGAUGUGAAUCAGAACGGAGGCUUCAACUUACACGGAGAUGGAUCCGUCGACGAUACUUCAGCCCUACAAGGAGCUCUCAACACAGCAGCCAGCCGGGGCAAGAUUGCAUACCUGCCCUUUGGCGUCUACAAGGUGACCUCGACCAUUACUAUUCCCCCUGGUACCGAGUUGUACGGAGAAGCAUGGUCCACCAUCUCAGGAUCAGGAAGCGCCUUCUCAUCCGAAUCGAACCCAACUCCUGUCGUCCAAGUCGGAAGCUCACCCGGCCAAAAGGGUGUUGCGCGUAUUCAAGACGUUCGCUUCACCGUCAACGAAGCCCUCCCUGGAGCCAUCCUCCUCAGAAUCAACAUGGCCGGCAACAGCCCCGGAGACGUAGCCAUCUUCAACUCCCUCAACACCAUCGGCGGCACUCGCGAUACGUCCAUCAACUGCAACAGCGAAUCCAACUGUCGAGCCGCCUACCUCGGCUUACACCUUGCUGCCGGAUCGUCAGCCUACAUCGACAACUUCUGGUCCUGGGUAGCGGACCAUCCUACCGAUAACAGUGGCAAGGGUAUCCGAGCCGCAGUCAAGGGUGGUGUUCUAAUCGAGGCCACCGCAGGAACAUGGAUCGCAGGUCUUGGUUCAGAACACAACUGGCUCUACCAAUUGAGUCUGCACAAUGCCGCAAAUGUCUUCAUCUCACUCUUCCAGAGCGAAACCAACUACAACCAGGGUAACCACGGCGCACCUCUCCCAGGACAGCCAUUCAACGCCAUUGCUUCAGAUCCUAACUUCUCGUGGUGCGGUGGCGGUGAUAAUGUGUGCCGGAUGGGUCUUGCGCAGUACUAUACAGGUAGCAAUAGUGCGAUUUAUCACUACGCUGCUGGAAGUUGGAAUUUCCAGUCAUUGACGGGAGUUAAUCAGGGUAUUAUGAAUUACAUUCAGAACACCGUGAGCAAUGGGAACUUGCAUGGAUUUACGACGGGUCCGAACGCUGCGCAGAUUAUGAGGUUGCCUAACGGGAAUCAGUUUGGAAAUGGUGGGAGUGAUGGGUAUGGAGGAUCGUGGGAGACGCUUGUUGCAGAUAUUGCGAGCCAGUCGUAG